GACAUCCUAACCUUGCAAUCUUACAUCUAAUCGACAAACGUCAAAAUGCACAAGUCAAAAGGGAAAGACAAAAGGAAAGAGAGAUUACGGCAACCUUCGUCGUCUUUUGCCGAUUAUACAGAAAUAUCAACGGACGAGGAUGUGGGCAAAGAUUUCGGCACUCUUAUAAACGCGCCGCUCUCGAAAGAUGGACAUUUCGUUUUUAAAUCGGAGAAAGAUGUGUGGCCCGUUGACUCGUCGCAGUACGCGCAAUAUUUCACUUUAAACCUAAAAAUAUUAUCAGCCGCGAUUAAUUGUAUUCCAUUUAACGAAUAUAUGAAUAUAGAUCAAAGAUAUUUCACUAGUGAUCAAUUAAUAAGUAUAUAUAAUACCACCGAGAAAGGAAAAGCUGUUUACAAUGCUAUUUUAAAUGAUUUAAAUGCGUCAAGUUUAUCGUCUGCUGAAGAACAUUUGAAAAAUGAAACAAACGAAAAUACAAGGACUGAUCAAUCAGAAGAUUUGGAGUUAACAGUGAAUGCAGAAUCCCAAUCAAAAAAUAGUACCAAUAAUUUAGAAGAAGACAUAGAUUUUUUGUUGUCCUUAAAAGAGCCGGUCCAGAAUAAUCCAACAACAGUUACACAAUCUAUUUCGAUAUCUCAUAAUAUUGAUUCUAAAGAAAAGCCAAAAAAUGUUCCAACUAAGCCAAUCGAUUUAGAGAAAUGGUUAGAUUCCAUUUUAGAUGAUUGAGAGAAUAAAAAAUUUUGUGUUAAAUAAUUCUUUUUUUAUGAUUUUGAAAUAUGAAGACUAAACUGUUAAGAUUAUUUAGGAGAAGACAAAUAAAUAUAUUAAAAACGUUAAAA